UCUUGUAUAUAUCUCAAAAAAAAAAUAAAUAAAUAAAUAAAUAAAUAAAGAGAGAACAAGAGAGUGACGACGGAGCCCAACCGACCAACAACAAGCAUAUUUAUACUUAUAUUUUGGUCGCAUCCGAGCCCACGAUCGUCGUCGCCCCUAAAUCAACACAACAACAACCCUAAAUCAACACAACAACAAUUGUUGUCCCGACAACCAAUAGUAGCAACACUAAUAUCUUAGAUCCCUCUUGGAUCGACCCACUUACUGUCGAAACCUGACAAGUUUGGAAAGUUUAUUCUUUAUUCACUAUUGCAUAAGAAACACCCAACUGCUUCGUAUGACGAGCUGUACCUUGCAAAUUUUCAUAUAUGGUACAAACUAAUAAUUUGCCUCCAUACAAACUACUUCAAUCCUGCCUUCAUAUUAGAGAAAAAUAAUAUCCUUGUUCAGAAUGUUGGAAAUGAAUCACACGACAACUUUCACAGGAGAGAAAGCAUACCAAUGUGCCGAGUGCUUAGAAGAAUUCUCACAAAAAUCUUCUUUCGUGGAACACUUAAGAACACACACAGAACAGCCAUAUCAGUGUACAGAGUGCUUAGAAACUUUUUCAGAAAAAUCUGUUCUGUUACAACACUUGAGAAUUCACUCUGGAGAAAUACUUUAUCAGUGUACAGAGUGUUUGAAAGAAUUUAAAUUAAAAUAUAGUCUGGAUAGACACAUGAAAAUACACAGAGGAGAGAAACCAUAUCAGUGUUCAGAGUGUUUACAAGCCUUUACACAAAAAUCCUCUUUGAUGGCACAUCAUAGAAUUCACACAGGAGAAAAACCACAUCACUGUCCAAUAUGUUUAAAAAAAUUUAGACAAAAAUCUUCUUUAGUAGCACAUAUUACAAUUCACACAAAACAAAAUCUGAAUCAGUGUUCAGUAUGCUUAAAAAAUAUUUCACAAAAAAAUGGCUUAGUGAUUCAUAUGAGAACCCACACAGGGGAAAAACCUUACCAGUGCUCAGUGUGCUCCAAAAAUUUUUCUCAACAAUCUGCUUUGGGGGUACAUAUGAGAAUUCACACAGGAGAAAAACCAUAUCAGUGUUCAGUGUGUUUAAAAGAUUUUAGAGGUAAAUCUGCUAUGAUAAAACACAAAACAACUCACACUGGGGUCACACCAUUUCAGUGUUCAAUGUGUUUGAAAGGUUUCUCAGAUAAAUCUGCUCUUGAGUCGCACACAAAUGUUCACUCAGGAGAUAAUAAAUACCAAUGUUUAGAGUGUUUAAAAAGCUUCAAACUGAAAUCAUCUCUAAUAAACCAUUUAAAAACACAUGCAGAAGAAAAACCACAUGUACAUGCUAGUAUAGCUUCCUCUGAGGCAAUAUAUUUAGUUUCCGAAGGAUAUUAUUGAUAGAAACACUGAGUCAUCCUGUGGCUGAUUAUGUCUGCUGAGUGAAUUACAGUACUGCUUACCUACAUAAUGACUGCUUACCUGCAUAAUGACUGAUUACAGAUCACUGGCUCAACUAACUACUAAUGACCUAUGACCUGCCUGACUUUAUUUAGUAAUUUAGCCACUAUACUGCUCUUGUCUGUUUUCAUGAAGUUAUAUAUAAAGCUGAUGCUGACACAGUCAUGGGAAGUCCUCUUCCCUUCACCACCAAGCUACCACCACCCUUCUAUCCCUCACCACUAAGCUUCCACCAUCCUCUCAUCCUUUACUACCAAGCUGCCAUCACCCUCCCAUCCAUUACCACCAAGCUGCAAAUAUAACCCCCCACCCCUCUCAUUGCAGAGGCACCACCCUCCCACCAAUAACCACUCUCCAACUAAUAACUAUCCUCGCAAUUGCAGAACCACCACCCUCCCAUCCAUAACCACCCUCUCAUUAUAGAACCACCACUCUCCCCACCAGUAAUAACCAUCUCAUUGCAGAGCCACCACUCUCCCAUCAAUGACCACCCUCUCAUCAUCACAGAGCCACUACCUUCCCACUCAUAACCACUCUCUCAUCGCAGAGCCACCACCUCCCUCUCACUUCUGAGCUACCACAACCCUCCCAUCCAUCAACACCUUCCCUCCCAUCAACAUCUUCCCUCCACUGCCACUGUCCAACCUAUCACAAUACAUCCACCUUCUCUCUCACCAUCCAUUGCCAUAUCCUUACUGAUAUUAUUCUUUGUAGUUGUAUAAAGUGUGUGAUUUUUUUUUUUUUU